CAGCGACGUUCAAUUCCAUUAUCAUAUUCGACAUUGUUUGUCUUUCCUGUCGUUCUCAAUUGCGCUUCUACCUCUCUAUUAUUUUUCCAUAGGCGCGACCAAUAUUUAACAUGAGCGUAAUUCGAUCAUUCAAGGCCUCGGACAUGUUCAAAUUCAAUAACGUGAACUUGGAUAUUUGGACAGAGACAUACAACAUCGGCUUUUACCUACACUACCUUUCCCGCUGGCCUGACCUUUGCUGUGUACAGGAAGCUCCUAGUGGCCGUAUGAUGGGUUACGUUAUAGGAAAAGCUGAAGGACAAGGUUCCGAAUGGCAUGGUCAUGUUACAGCUAUUACCGUUGCACCAGAGUAUCGUCGUCUGUCUCUCGCCCGAAAAAUGAUGUCCCUCCUCGAACUUGUCUCGGACGAAACUUACCGAGGGUUUUUUGUGGAUCUCUAUGUGCGGUGUAACAAUUUCGUUGCGAUAGAUAUGUACGAAGGAAUGGGCUAUAGUGUGUAUAGACGAGUGAGAGAAUAUUACGGAAAUUUGGGUGUAGGGAAAGGUGGUCGAGACGAAGAGGACGCGUUUGAUAUGCGAAAGCCACUUUCACGAGACAGCGCUCGACGUUCAGUACGAAGUAAUGGUCGAGAUAUAGUUGUUAGCGCACACGAUGUUUCAUAGUAGCCUCUUGAUUUUUCACACUUCCCUCUCUUCUGUUCGGCUGCCGUUUUUCGGCUGUAUCUUGUGCUCACGAUACCGGCGCUAACAUUUUCAAACUUCUUCUCAACAACCACCACAUGCAAGAGGUGAGGGAGAUUCAGAUCGGGGGUACUUAUGUUGCCACG